AUGGGAUACGAAGAGUAUGAGAGCUAUGAGCGGCAGACGGAGCGGUCCAGAUGGACGCCCCUGACGCGGAUGCUGCUCUCCGGAGAGAUGACACAGGAGAAGCAGCAGGAGCUGACGAACCGGGAAAAAUUCGAUCGGUGGAUGAUUAACGAGGGUUACCGAAGAGUGUUCGUUUUCGUCUUCAUUCUCGCCCACGCCCUGAUUUUCGCCUUUGCUUGCGUCCACUACGGCCUCAAAGACAGCUUGGCCACAGCUCGAAGCAUCUUUGGCUUCACAUUCGUCAUUGCCCGAGCCUCUGCGCUGGUCCUCCACGUUGAUGUCGGCAUCAUUCUCUUCCCCGUCUGCAGAACCCUGAUUUCGCUGCUCCGACAGACGCCCCUGAACGGCGUUAUCCAAUUCGACAAAAACAUCACCUUCCACAUCACGACGGCCUGGUCGAUUGUGUUCUUCUCCUGGGCUCACACCAUUGCUCACUGGAACAACUUUGCGCAGGUGGCCAUCAAGAACAACCUGGGAAUCUAUGGCUGGCUGCUUGCCAACUUCGCCUCUGGCCCUGGCUGGACUGGAUACAUCAUGCUGAUUGCACUCAUGGGCAUGGUCUUCACCUCGAUCGAGAAGCCCCGACGAGCCAACUACGAGCGAUUCUGGUACACCCACCACAUGUUCAUCGUCUUCUUCAUCUUCUGGGCCAUCCACGGCGCCUUCUGCAUGAUUCAGCCUGACGUGGCGCCGUUCUGCACCAGCAUUGGGCCCUCGGCCAUUGGUGUGUUUUGGCAGUACUGGAUGUACGGAGGAUUCAUCUACCUGGCGGAGAGAAUUGCGCGCGAGAUUCGCGGACACCACAAGACAUACAUUUCAAAGGUCAUCCAGCACCCCAGCAACGUCUGCGAGAUCCAGAUCAAGAAGGAGAACACCAAGACGCGAGCCGGCCAGUACAUCUUCUUCUGCUGCCCGGCCGUGUCUCUCUGGCAGUACCACCCAUUUACCCUGACGAGUGCCCCCGAGGAGGACUACAUCUCCAUCCACAUGCGUUGCGUGGGUGACUUUACCAAGGAGGUCUCGACCAUUCUGGGCUGCGAGUGGGACAAGAAGGGCAGCGCGAGUAAGGUCGUUGGCGUUUCCGGCGACGAAAACACCGACCCGGCCCUGAAGCGCGUCCUGCCCCGAGUCUACAUCGACGGCCCCUUCGGAUCAGCCUCCGAGGACGUGUUCAAGUACGAAGUGGCGGUCCUCGUCGGAGCCGGUAUUGGUGUCACGCCCUUUGCCUCCAUCCUCAAGUCCAUCUGGUACCGCAUGAACUACCCGCAGCAGAAGACGCGCCUGCGCAAGGUCUACUUCUUCUGGAUCUGCCGAGACUUUGGGUCGUUUGAGUGGUUCCGCUCGCUGCUGCUGGCCGUCGAGGCGCAGGACGUGGACAACCGCAUCGAGAUCCACACGUACCUGACGGCCAAGAUCAAGGCGGACGAUGCCACAAACAUCAUGAUCAACGACGCAAACGCCGACAAGGAUGCCAUUACGGGCCUGAGGAGUCCCACCAACUUUGGCCGUCCGAACUGGGAUAUGAUUUUCCGAGGAAUCCGGAAGCUGCACACGCCUGCUGAGGCGGGUGUGUUUUUCUGUGGACCCAAGGGAUUGGGAAGUUCGUUGCAUGUUUACUGCAACAAGUAUACGGACCCUGAGUAA